AUGCUAAUAAAAUGUCUUUCAUCGUAUAUGGCUAUUUUAGUGAUUUUGAUGGAUACGAGGUCUGCGACAACGGAUCUGAAGUGGGAUCAGUUAUCUUUACGAGGAGAUACGGAUGGCUGGACGGAAGAGUCUUGGCGUGGUUUAGACGAGAAAUCGAAUGAGCGUGCUUACGUUGCAUGUAGUUUCCACGUUGCUAAUCCUGGAAACUGGGUUUUCACUCCAUUGAUACCACGGGAAUCAGCUAACAUCUUGUACAUAAACGUUUUAUACAACACACGAUCCUGUGAUCAAUACCACGAUCCGAAGUCAUGCAAAGAGACGUUCAACCUAUAUGUGAAGCAGUACAAUCGCAAAGUAAACGAUGUUGAUAAGGAAACUUUCAACAGAACGAUCUCAACUUGGUCACCCGUUUCGGUACUCACCAAGGAUACCACCGCCGAGAUAUCUGAGACAACUCAAUCAGUUACUCUACACCCAUCAACGGAAUUCGUCCGAUUCGGUUUCGAAGAGAACGGCGUCUGUGUCUCAUUACUUACUAUUACUGAACUAUUUAAAUGGCGGGAUAUCAUUCCUAAUCGACCGUGCGCAUUUUAUUAUGAGAUCAGUGUCCUUAAUCAGUACGGAGUCGUUCCGUCUAUUCGGGUAUAUCUUUGGGCACAUUUCGUGUGCAUGUUGCCUAAUGAAAUUGGGUUGGAGAUUACCAGGCGCGACGUGAUGGAAGUGAAUUGGAUGACGUGUAUUGCGAUUGGAAUACGGGGUUACCCAUUCUUUCCAUAG